CAGCUGGUGAAAAAUGGCUGAAAAUGGAGAUGGUGAAAACAUGUCUAUUUUGGAAAGCAAAAUCUGUCAGCAAAUUGAGUACUAUUUUGGCAAUCACAAUCUACCAAGAGACAAGUUCCUAAAGGAACAGAUCAAACUAGACGAUGGCUGGGUACCUUUAGAAGUAAUGAUCAAGUUCAACAGGUUAAGUCACCUUUCAAAAGAUUUUGGUGUUAUUGUAGAAGCACUAAGAAAAUCCAAGACUGGUCUAAUGGAAAUAAACGAAGACAAAACUAAGAUCAGAAGAUCUCCAAACAAACCCCUUCCUGAAUUAAAUGACCAGUAUAAGGCUGCAAUUAAAAACAGAUCUGUGUAUGUUAAAGGCUUUCCCCUAGAUGCAACUCUUGAUGAUAUCAAAGAAUGGCUUGAGGAUAAAGGUCCGGUUGAAAACAUACAAAUGAGGAGAACACUGCAGAGAACAUUUAAGGGCUCAAUAUUUGCAGUUUUUGAUAGUGUUGAAUCUGCUAAGAAGUUCACAGAGAUCCCAAACCAAAAGUACAAAGACACAGAGCUGAUAGUACUUUUCAAGGAGGAGUAUUGUACAAAGAAGAAUGAAGAAAGGAAACAAAACAAAGUAGAAGCUAAAGCAAGAGCUAAACAGGAAAAAGAAGAAAAACAGAAACAAGCCGCAGAUGCCGAAAUGAAGUCUCUAGAAGAAAAGACAGGAUGUCUUUUGAAGUUUUCUGGUGAUCUGGAUGACCAAACAUGCAGAGAAGAUCUCCAUGAGGUAUUUUCUCAUCAUGGAGAAAUCAAAUGGAUACAUUUUGUCAGAGGUGCAAAGGAGGGAAUCAUCCUAUUUAAGGAUAUUGCAAAAGAAGCUCUGGAAAAAGCCAAGGCAGCACACAACGGAAACCUACAGCUUCGGAGCAAGGAUGUUACAUGGGAAGUGCUAGAAGGAGAUGCAGAAAAAGAAGCUCUGAAGAAAAUACUGGAAGAUCAGCAAGAAUUGCUCAAACAGAAAACAAAAGGACGCAAAAUGAAAGGAAAAGGAAGAGGGGGAAAGGUACCUCAGGGUGUGCACAAAGGGAAAGUACAGUUUCAGGGUAAGAAGAUAAAGUUUGAUAAUGAAGAGGAAGGUGGCGAAGUUGAUACGAAAACAGAACCAACAAGUCCCAAGAAGAGA